AUGAAAAAGGUCGAUCCCAAUAGUGAGGAGGACUACUGGGAUACAAUCAAGGCCGAGAAAGUUCAAAUUCCUGAAGUGAAUUUACCACCAUCUGAGCCUCACUUGAAAGUUGUUUGCAUAUCUGACACACAUGACCAGCUCGAUUUGGUCAAGGACAUUCCUGAUGGAGAUGUUUUACUUCACGCUGGUGACAUGACAAAUUACGGGUCAGAAAAAGAACUAAGGAAGUUCAACGAAGAAAUAGGUAAACUACCUCACAAGCACAAGAUUGUUGUUGCCGGAAAUCAUGACUUGGGCUUUGAUGACACAGAAGAUCUCAGCGAACGCCUGCCACAAUAUCAGGGACAAGGAACGCCUAAAGGGUAUAGCUUGCUGACAAAUGCUACCUGGCUACAUGACAAAGGAGUCGAGAUCGAUGGUGUGACAUUUUACGGCUCUUCAUGGCAUCCACUUUAUGGAUAUCCAUUUUAUCGUCCUCGUCCGCAACUUGAAGAAAAGUGGAAGAAAUUGCCGUCCAAUCUGGACGUUCUCAUCACCCACACACCUGCUUUAGGAUAUCUCGAUACCUUCACGGAAACGGAACCUGAAAGAUGGGGUUGCCGUUAUCUUCUCAAAGAGAUCGAAACAAGAGGUGAAACCCAAGUUCCAUGUGUUUGGCCAUGUUCAUCAGGGAUUUGGAGCAUUGUCGAAUGGGAAUACGACAUUCAUCAAUGCGGCUCAGGCGUCGAAAAAGAAUAA